AUGAUCCCUCCACAUCUCAGACUCAUAAAUAAUCUAGUUCAUUGUAGCAGCCAACGCCUCGCUCCAUCUAUACAUCUAGCCCGACAAUCUUUUUCAACCAGCUCACCACAACACUCAAAGCUAGGCCGUAAACUGCUAAAGUACUCUAACGACGUAUCCAUCCUCGUCACGCCACGAACACCAGAUGUAUCGUUCCCGACCUGUAUCAACCAAGUAGUCGUCAAAGGACCACUCGGCAUCAACACAACGCCCAUCCAUCCAUUCGUAAACAUUCUCAUGCCAGACGCUCCACCAGGAGCCCCGAAACGCACACUAGCUGUAUCCGUAACCGACCCAUCAGAUCGUAAACAGAAGGCCCAGUGGGGUACAGUGCGUUCUCUCAUCGAGAAUGCUAUAGAGGGAGUCACAGAGGGGUACACUGUACCUAUACGUAUAGUAGGUGUUGGGUACCGUGCUGCUGUAGAAGGUGCUAAUUUGGUACUGAGAGUCGGGUAUGCGCAUCCUGUGAUAUUGGAGAUUCCACAGGGCGUUAGUACUAGUGUGCCUGCUCCACAGAGGAUUAUGUUGCAGGGGAUUAAUCUGGAGGAGAUUACGCAGUUUGCUGCAAAGAUCAGGAGGUGUAGGAAGCCGGAACCGUAUAAUCAGAAGGGUAUCUUUGUUGGGGAUGAGACUAUUAAGAAGAAGGAGGGCAAACAGAGGUAG